GUGGAUUAACCAUGGCUUCCCGUCCUGCUCAAUUCACAGAACCGAUUACAACUAAACGUGUCUGUUUCUACAAGAGUGGAGAUCCCCAGUUCAGAGGGCUAAAGAUGAUCAUCAAUAAUCGUACCUUCAAGACUUUUGAUGCCUUGCUGGACAGCUUGUCAAAAAGAGUUCCUUUACCUUUUGGAGUGAGGAACAUCUCUACCCCACGUGGGAUGAAUGUCAUUACCACUCUUGAUGAGCUAGAAGAUGGGAAAUCAUACAUUUGUUCUGACCAAAAGAAAGUAAAGCCUAUAGACUUGGAAGUCGCAAGUAAAAAGCCCAAACCUUGGCGUUGCACCAGGCCAGUCAGCAGCCGUCGACGUGCCGUUCAGAUAAAAAAGCAGAAUGAGGGCCAGCUGUUUCAGCGGGAGAAUUCUGUGGUGGUACGCACCCCCAGGAAAAUUGUGGUCUUCAAAAAUGGAGAUGCUGGAAUCAAGCACACACUGAUGUUGCAAAAGAAAGCAGCCCAGACUUUUGAGUCACUUCUUGAUCUUAUCACUGAGGUGAUGCAGUUCCCAGUCUUAAAGCUCUACACACCAGAUGGAAGGCGGGUUGAUGGUCUUCAGGCUCUGAUUCUGUGCUCUGGAGUUGUAGUAGCAGCAGGCCGAGAACCUUUCAAAGCUGGAAAAUAUGACCCCCAAGGACUGAGCCUACCUACCAAAUUACCGGGGAUUUCCAAUCGUGUAAACCCAAAACCCAUCAACAAGACACAGCAAAGGAAUUGUGGCAAAUGGAAAGUCUCAGUUCUGACCAGUGCAUUACCAUUAGCUGGUACCACUUCACAGGUUUACAUCAUACUCUAUGGUGACCAGGGCAAUUCAGGAUCUGUUUAUCUGUAUGGAAGUGACAAAGAUCUCUUUCAGAGUGGCCAUGAAGAUAUUUUUGAAAUAAAAGCAGGUAACAUUGGAGAGCUGUACAAAAUACGAAUUGGGCAUAACAACUCUGGAGAAUCCCCAGGCUGGCAUUGUGAUGAGGUGAGACUGCAGAACCUUUUCACGGAGGAGAUGUUCUUCCUUCCUGUGAAUUUCUGGAUGUCUCGGGAUGAGAACGAUGGGGAGAUUUGCAGGGAAGUGCCAGUUGUAUACCCUGGACGCCAAGUUCUACCAGUUACCAUGUACGAGGCCCAUGUUGUGACAGGAGACCUGUGGAAUGCUGGAACAGAAGCGAAUGUUUACAUUACUGUUUAUGGGGAAAAGGGUGACACUGGCUCAAGACAGCUUCUCCACUCCAGGAAACCCAUUAAGUUUCGAAAAGGACAGACUGACAUCUUCACCCUAGAAGCUGUUAAUCUGGGAAGUUUGCGCAAGAUUGUAAUAGGACAUGACGGACUUGGACAAGGAAACGGCUGGUUUCUGGAGAAUGUUGUGCUAAUUGACUCUUGGAAGGGCAUGGAAUACACCUUUCUUUGCAACAGGUGGCUAGAUCAAGGAGAGGAAGAUGGUAAAAUUGUGAGAGAGCUGUAUACUGCAGAUUCCUUUACUGCAAAACAAGAGCUAGAGCACAAAAUAAAGGACAUUUGGGCCGCUGAAAGAUGGAAGUUUCAGAAGGGGAAUAUUGUUCAAUUAUGUUCCAGACUAACUGGAAAAUGUGUAUGUCUCUAUCCAGAUGGCACAGUGGAUGCCCUUGGUGAUAAAAAGGACACACAUGGUUAUUUUGGCAUGACAGUGAAAAGGGGAAAUAUCCGAGUGUUUUAUAGCCUGCAGAAUCCACGUCUUGCUCUCAGCAUUAACCAGAACAGAGUCAGUGCCUUGGAAAAUGGUGGCACUCUGUGUGAAACAGAAGUCUGCAUUCAGCCAAGUCGCUUUGUGACUUUAGAGUCGGUACGCAUUCCAGGGUUCUCUGUCACUUUUAACCCACAAGGAAGUCCAGCUGAUGGAGCGACCGGCUACUCUGAGCUUUCCAGAGAGUUUAUGGUUCAUGUGAAGGGUGUCCUUCGGAAUGGGGCAGUGGUCCUGCUCAACAGCAGUUUGAGCCAGUCUCUGUGUAUCACGAUGGAUGGUCAGUGCAUUGGAACAGGAAAGCAGGCUGAAGAGUCUUAUCUGCGAGUGCAUAAAAUCAGCUCAGGGCUUUACAUGUUUGAAAGCGUCCAGACCCCAAAGAUGUACCUGAAGAUCAAGGAUGGCCGAUGUGAUGGAACAGGUACUGGUGACCAAUAUUGUCAAUUCAAAGUAGAAAAACAUUUUCAGAAUGGAUCUUUAAGCCUUGAAUCAAUGAAAAUGAGAGGGAUGUACAUAGGACUUCUUCCAGAUGGACGAGCAACGCCGUUAGUGCACACUGGAGAGACCAACGUCAUGUUCUACCCACAAGUCAUUAAAUUUGGCAGGGAAAAGCCAACAGGCACAUCUGCAAACCUGAAUAAAGAGACAGAAGCUGAGCAAGAACCUGUCAAACACUUCACACCGGCUCCACCAGCUUCUCCUAUCUCAGACAGGAGAGAAAUCAAAAACAGACGUGUGGUGGAGUCCCUUGUCCCCUCAGGAGAUGAGUGGAGGGUUUCAGUUCUGACAGGCAGUGAAGGGACUCAAGCUGGUGUCUCCCUGUGGGUGUAUGGAGACCAGGGCGUGGCGGGACCCAUCAUGCUGGGUAGGGCCAACAGAACCAAGCUGUUUGUUCCAGGACAAGAGGAUGCAUUUCAGGUCAAUAUAAGCAAUACUGGCAAAAUAUAUAAAAUAAGGAUUGGACAUGAUGGAUCAAGUGAUCAGCCACAUUGGAAAUUACAAAAGGUAAGUCAACUCUGCAAUAUACUGAUUUGGUUGUCAAGAGAUCGUGGGAAUGGAGAAAUUGAGUGUGAACUCCCUGUAAUAAGAGAAAGAGAUGGCAGGCCAGUUCAUCCAGUUGUUCAGUAUCAAGUGAAUGUAUACACUGGGCACCUGGAUCAGGCAGAAACCCAGUCUCCGGUAUUCAUCUGUCUCUAUGGGGAGCGAGGAGACACAGGACUGCGCCUCCUUCAUAAAUCAGACCUCCCUUGCAAACUCCAGAGAGGACAGGUGGACUUGUUUCAACUAGAGGCAGUGUCCCUGGGUAAACUGCAGAGGGUGCUGUUGCGGUGUGAGGCACAGACUAAAUCUCAGUACUGGUACUGCGAGAAAGUCAUCAUCAGGGAAUCAGGGGAGGACUCUGAGUACAUCUUCAAUUGUGAAAGAUGGCUUCCUUAUUCAUCCCAGGGUAUUGUCAAGUCUGACGUGGAACUCGUGCUACAAGAGAUUCGAAUAAAUGUUCAUUCUAGUGAGAAAGAAAAGGCACAUGCUGGGGACUGGAAGGUUACAGUAGUGACUGGAGAUUUCCAUUCUGCCAGCACUGAAGCAACGGUCUUCCUCUUCGCUUAUGGAGAUAUUGGAGAGUCAGGUCCUAUUAUCCUGGGAUCUGGAAAGCAUCAGCUUUUUAAUCCAAACAGUGCAGAUACAUUUCAGAUUAAUUUGAAGGACCUAGGGGAGUUGUACAAAUUACGUAUUGGCCAUGACAACAGUGGAGAAGACCCUGGUUGGUACUUAGAGGAGGUGAUUCUACAUGAACUGACCACACAAAAAGAGAUGUCCCUUCCUGUGAAGCAAUGGCUGGCUGAAGAUAAAGAUGCUGGAGAUGUAUGGAAGGAACUGGCUGUUCAUCAGACAAACAAGAAGUCUUUACCAGUGCUGGUGUAUCAGGUUUACAUUUACACUGGGUCCAGGCCAGGAGCUGACACAGACUCUGCUGUUUAUAUUAACAUCUUUGGGUCAAGGGGGGACACUGGUAAAAGGAAACUGCACAAAUCAGUGAAUCAAAAACUCAGCUUUCAGCAAGGACAGGUUGACGUUUUCAGCAUUGAGGCUGUAUCUCUGGCAGAACUGAGAAAGGUGGUGGUCGAGCACAGUGGAACUGGUCCAGGUAACGGAUGGUUCCUGGAAAAAGUCAUCAUCAAGUUUGAAGACCAGACCAGAGAACAUGAAAGUGUGUUUCUCUGCAACAGAUGGCUGGAUGAGUACCAGGAUGAUGGAAAGACUGAGAGAGAGUUAUUUGUAGAAGGCAAGUUAUUGAGAACUUUAUCUUACCAUUAUGACCACGAAAACAUAAUUAAUGGGAAAGUAUACCAGAGCCAUCGCAAGGGAAAAGGAAUGGCAGCAUAUGAGGGAUGCACCAGAACCGUAUAA